CUCCCCUCCCCCGUCCCCAUCCGCCAUAUUGUGGCCGCCGCAGCUCGAGCCGGCGCCUGGUGACGAGCCGCCGGAGAUGGAAACCAUGGCAAGUCCCGCAAAGGAUAAGGAUAACUAUCGAAUGAAGAGUUACAAAAACAAAGCCCUAAACCCUGAGGAAAUGCGUCGGAGAAGGGAAGAGGAAGGGAUCCAACUACGCAAACAGAAACGAGAGCAACAGCUAUUUAAAAGGAGAAAUGUGGAACUUAUCAAUGAAGAUGCUGCCAUGUUUGAUAGCCUCCUCAUGGAUUCCUAUGUCAGCACUGCCACAGCUGGGGAGGGAGUGAUCACGAGAGAGAUGGUAGAGAUGCUUUUCUCAGAGGACCCUGAUCUGCAGCUAGCGACCACCCAGAAAUUCAGGAAACUGCUCUCCAAAGAGCCGAAUCCUCCGAUAGAUGAAGUGAUAAAUACUCAGGGAGUGGUGGACAGGUUUGUUGAAUUCCUGAAGAGAAGUGAAAAUUGCACACUACAGUUUGAAGCGGCGUGGGCUUUGACGAAUAUUGCAUCGGGAACCUCCCAACAAACAAAAAUAGUCAUUGAGGCUGGGGCAGUUCCUAUCUUCAUAGAACUGUUAAACUCUGACUUUGAGGAUGUCCAAGAACAGGCUGUCUGGGCGUUGGGGAACAUCGCUGGAGACAGCUCUGUGUGUAGAGAUUAUGUUCUUAACUGCUCUAUUCUUCCUCCCUUGUUACUGCUCCUCACCAAGUCCACCAGGUUGACAAUGACUCGAAAUGCUGUCUGGGCCUUGUCAAACUUGUGCAGAGGGAAGAACCCACCACCUGAAUUUGACAAGGUGUCUCCUUGCUUGCCAGUAUUAUCCCGAUUAUUAUUCAGCAGUGACUCCGACUUGCUGGCAGAUGCCUGCUGGGCACUCUCCUACCUAUCAGAUGGCCCCAAUGAGAAAAUCCAAGCAGUAAUAGACUCCGGGGUGUGUCGGCGACUGGUAGAGCUGUUAAUGCACAAUGAUUAUAAAGUAGCUUCCCCAGCUUUGCGAGCUGUAGGCAACAUUGUGACGGGUGAUGACAUCCAGACCCAGGUGAUCCUGAACUGCUCAGCUCUGCCUUGCCUGCUUCAUUUAUUAAGCAGCCCCAAAGAGUCUAUCCGGAAGGAAGCUUGCUGGACCAUUUCUAACAUCACAGCUGGAAACAGGGCUCAGAUACAGGCAGUCAUAGAUGCAAACAUUUUCCCAGUGCUGAUAGAAAUCUUACAGAAAGCAGAAUUCCGCACGAGGAAAGAGGCAGCCUGGGCCAUCACAAAUGCGACAUCAGGAGGAACCCCAGAGCAGAUCAGGUACUUGGUAAACCUAGGCUGUAUCAAACCUCUGUGUGACCUGCUGACUGUCAUGGACUCCAAGAUUGUUCAAGUGGCCCUGAAUGGCCUGGAGAAUAUCCUGCGGCUCGGUGAGCAGGAGGCCAAGCAAAGUGGCACAGGCAUCAACCCCUACUGCAGCCUCAUUGAGGAAGCCUAUGGCUUGGAUAAAAUAGAGUUCCUGCAGAGCCAUGAGAACCAGGAAAUCUACCAGAAGGCCUUUGAUUUGAUUGAGCACUACUUUGGAGCCGAGGAUGACGACUCCAGCCUGGCUCCCCAGGUAGACGAGAACCAGCAGCAAUUCAUCUUCCAGCAGCCUGAGGCCCCUAUGGAAGGCUUCCAGCUAUAAUGUGUUCAGAUGGGGAAGAACAUCACAAACUUGCCAGAAAUCAACUGGGAGCAGCCAGAGUUAUAGUCCCAUUUUCCCCCUCCUUACAAACAGAAGGCGCAAAUACCCACGCCACCCAUUAGGAAACAGUUCCUCCUUCGAGAACAGCUAGAAGCAAUGCUUUGCUCUCAUGGAAAGAAGGGGACUUUAUUUUUUACACUUUUUUUUUUGCUGCUGCAUACAUGUCUCUAAAGCAGGCACCAAGGUGGAGGAAGGACACAGAGGUAACAAAUUGCACCUCUUGUUUUAAGUUGUGGUGAUCUUUCAGAAAUAUUGUCACUUGUUACCUCGGGUACUUAAAUGAAAUUUCAGUGGGAGGGUGGGGAAAAAACACAAAUCAAAAGAUAAGGGUUUUCUUCUCUGACAACAUUAAUCCUGGAAGCUAGGGUUGAUCUAUUUAAUUUUUUUUUUGCACAUCAUACUCUUUGUUAAAGACUCUCUAAUCUGCCAAGAGCAAUGUUUAGCCCCUCACCUUUUCGCAGCUCUCCUUCAGUGGACCGCACCAUUGGACAUGGGCCAAGUUCCCCUUGAAACAUAUUGUAAAUGGACAAAGGAGAAGUGGGAAGACUUUUCCUGGAGAGGGAUUUUUUCCCUUUGUUUAAAAAUAUUUUUUUCUUUUUUUAAAGAACUGUUAUUGGUAUUUAAAAAACAAAACAAAACAACAAAACCCCAAAGAUGGUAAUUGUGAAGAGGUGGGGAAGAUGUUUUUGGUGGUCUUUUGAACAGAGGAAGCACAGCUGCUGUUGCACGGGCUUCACUUGCAUUGCUACUGAUUGAAGUCACAGAACUGUUGAAAUCCAUCUUCAUCUUUACUUGAAAAUUUUUUCAUGAAAACAUGUAUUAAGAUUUGGAUUUUUUUCUGAAUGGAUGGGGUGGGGGUGGAUUGUUGUAUGGGUGGGGAGGAAGGAAGGCAUAGCUACACUUGACAGGAGCAUUGUGUGCGGUGUUAACUCCAGUAGCAAAGGGCCUGAGUUUUCAGGAUUACUUUCUGCUCACAGUUGGAUCAUGUACAUUUUACUUCAAAAGGAAGAGUCAAAGCUCUGUAUUUUUUAUAUAUUAUAUAUAGGUAGAUAUUUGUCUAAUUGGCUUCAGAGAAAAAUAUAUAUGAAAAUUCUGUAAUUUAUGUAAAUAGAAUACUGUGAGGCAGGUACACCUGGAAAUGAUGGUCUAUGAACUCACUCACUGGUUGUCCUGCUGCUUUUCCUCUGUUUACUCACGUACUGUACAAGCAAACAUAGAUUUGUCUUAAACUCCUUUUCUGGAUUGAGUUUACUUAGCCAAGAGUGAUAUAAAACACAAUAGGCUAUGGAAAACCCAAACAAUUUUGGGAUUUGAGGGAAGGGGAUGGGAAAACAUGGUUCACCAAGGGGUCUGAUAGGCUUGCUGUGUGCAUCCCCUCCCUGUUCUUGCUGUCCUAAGCAAGUGCAAGUUUGGAAGCAUUUGGGACUGGGAAUUUCAAGAGGGUAAGAAACAAAGCAUGGUGCCAGUUGUUGUAUGAAAUCAAGAAAUCCAAUUUCACAAGUCCUUCACGUUUAAAAAAAUAAUAAACAACAUCUGUGCAUUUGA